GGGGGGCCCUCAUGGAUUUCGGGGGGGGGGCCCGGGUCCGCCAUGGCCGCCCUGAGCCUCCUCGUGCCGCUGCUGCUGCUGCUGCUGCCCCCGGUCCGGCCCGAGGGGCCCGGCUGCCGCCUGCGCUGGGUGCAGGUGGGUCCGGGGGCCGGGGGGUGCCGGGGGGGCUCCGCGGGCGCCUGUGUGGGUCACUGCGAGUCCAGCGCCGUCCCCUCACCCCACGGCGCCCCACGGCCCCUCAGCGCCCGCGCCCAGUGCUGCGCCAUGGCUGCCGUCCGCAGGGUCCGGGUGACCCUGCAGUGCCCGGGGGGGCCCCGGCGGCUCCGCACCCUCUCGGCCGCAUCCUGCCGCUGCGACGCCUGCACCUUCGCCCGGUACUGACCCUCCCGGGAGCCCCCCAAAAUCUGGGGGGGCCCCCCCGACAUGCUGACCCCUCCCUCAAACUUCUGGGGACCCCCCCCAAUUCCUUCCUGCCCCACAAACUCCUUCCCCCC